AUGCCCGACCGCCGCCGGAGGGGGGCCCCGGGGGCCCGCUCCUGCCUGCUCUGGCUCUUUGUGCUGCUGAAGCGUGCCGGCGCUGACCCCCGUGCUCUGCCCGCUCCGAAGGGGGUUUGGGGUCCCCUUUUUGGCGUCCCCGUUUUGGGGAGCGCUGUGCUGUCCUUCAGCACCGCCCGCUCCCUUCCACCCCCAAACUCCUUCACCCCUGCCAGACAGCCGCUGGUGAAGAUGCUGCUGACAAAGGGGCGGCUGCUGGAUCGUAAUGCAGAACCUUUCCAAGUUGCUGUCCGAGAAGACAACUGUAUCAUUGUCUCCCUGGAAGCAUCGGAUGUGGUGAGCUCCUCCUCUGUGUAUGUUGUGAAGAUAGCUGGAGAAUCCAAGAACUACUUUUUCCAGUUCGACGAAUUCAAUAGCACUUUACCUGCCCCUGUGGUUUUUAAUGCCAAAUACCAUGGCCUGUAUUACAUAGUGACUCUGUUGGUAGUCAACUCAAACAUGGUCUCCAAGUCAGCAAGAUCAAUCACUGUGUUAACCAAACCACUUCCUGUGAGCAAUGUUUCUAUCUAUGAUUACAAACCAUCUCCAGAAACAGGAGUGUUGUUUGAAAUUCAGUACCCAGAGAAAUACAAUGUUUUCACCAGGGUAAAUAUAAGCUAUUGGGAAGGAAAGGACUACAGAACAAUGCUCUACAAAGAUUUCUUCAAAGGUAAAACAGUUUUCAAUCACUGGCUGCCAGGCAUAUGCUACAGUAACAUCACAUUUCAGCUGGUAUCAGAGGCAACCUUCAACAAGAGCACGCUCGUGGAAUACAGUGGGGUCCAGCACGAGCCCAAACAGCACAGAACAGUUCCUUACCCACCUCGAAACAUUUCUGUUCAGAUUGUACCAGCCAACAGAAACAACUGGGAAGAGCACAGCGGGAAUUUCGCGGAAGAAUCCUUCAUGGGACCCCAAGAAAUCAUAAGGAAAGUCAGCCAUCCUGCUGAGAGCCUGGCUGAAAUGCCAGCAGCAAACACAUCUGCAGCCUGGCUGGACGAGCCCCCCAACAGCACCGAGUACGAAACCACCUCUCAGCCGUCCUGGUGGUCCAACGAGGCCGAGUCGUCCGAGGGGGAAGAGGAGUUUGUCAGUGCAGUUUCCAGUGAUUAUGGGGGCAGUGAUGCCAGCAGAGCCACAGCAGAGCCCCCUCCCUUCCUUCCUGUGCAGAUGGUGCUCACCUGGCUGCCCCCAAAGCCCCCCACUGCGUUUGAUGGCUUCCACAUCAAUAUUGAAAGGGAAGAGAACUCCACAGAAUCUUUGACAGUGAGCGAGGACACUCACAAAUUUGUUGCUGAACUGAAAGAACCAGGAAAAUAUAAGUUGUCUGUCACAACAUUUAGCUCCUCUGGCUCUUGUGAAGUUCGGGGAAGUCAAUCAGCAAAAACACUCAGCUUUUACAUCAGCCCCACAGGGGAGUGGAUAGAGGAGCUCACUGAGAAGCCCCAGCAUGUGACUGUGAGAGUGCUGAGCUCCACCACUGCCCUGACGUCCUGGACAGCAUCACACGACAGCAGUGGCAACAGCACCAUCGUGUCUGUGCUCUCCCUCACCUGCCAGAAGCAAAAGGAAAGUCAAAGGCUUGAAAAACACUACUGCACUGAGGUGAAUUCAAGCAGCAGCCUCAUUGAAAAUCUUGUUCCUGGUGCCCAGUACCAAGUCGUGGUUUACUUACGGAAAGGACCAUUGGUUGGACCUCCUUCUGAUCCCGUCACAUUUUCCAUUGUGCCCACUGGAAUAAAGGAUCUGACACUUUACCCUUUGGGACCUACUGCUGUGGUUCUGAGCUGGAACAGACCUUUCCAUGGGGUGUUCAGGAAAUAUGUGGUAGAAAUGUUUUACUUCAACCCAUCAACCAUGACCUCGGAGUGGACAACCUACUAUGAGAUAGCAGCAAGUGUCUCCUUGACUGCCUCUGUGAGAAUAGCCAACCUGCUGCCUGCUUGGUAUUACAAUUUCAGGGUCACCAUGGUGACCUGGGGGGACCCAGAGCUGAGCUGCUGCGACAGCUCCACCGUCAGCUUCAUCACAGCACCAGUGGCACCCAAAAUCACCUCUGUAGAAUAUUACAACCACCUUUUGUACGUCACCUGGACCUAUGGAGGGGAUGGUCCUGACCUUUCUCAUUCCAGGAUGCUGCACUGGAUGGUUGUUGCAGAAGGAAAGAAAAAAAUCAAGAAGAGUGUGACACGCACUGUGAUGACUGCAGUGCUGAGCUUGCCUCCAGGGGACAUUUACAACCUUUCAGUGACUGCUUGUACUGAAAGAGGCAGCAAUACUUCCAUGCCCCAACUUGUGAAAUUGGAACCAGCCCCUCCAAAAUCACUGUUUGCUGUCAACAAGACUCAGACCUCUGUGACUCUGCUGUGGGUGGAAGAAGGAGUAGCUGAUUUCUUUGAAGUCUACUGCCAGCAGGCUGGAUCUGGCCAGGAAACAAAAGUCCAGGAACCUGUCACUGUCUCCUCACAUGUUGUGACCAUUUCCAGCCUGACCCCUGCCACUUCCUACAACUGCAGUGUGACCACCUUCAGCCACAACAGCCCCAGCAUCCCCACUUUCAUUGCAGUUUCCACCAUGGUGACUGAGAUGAACCCCAAUGUGGUGGUAAUCUCCGUGCUGGCCAUCCUCAGUAUCCUCCUGAUUGGACUGCUGCUGGUCACCCUUGUUGUACUCAGGAGAAAACACCUACAGAUGGCCAGGGAGUGUGGGGCUGGGACCUUUGUGAAUUUUGCAUCUUUAGAGAGAGAUGGAAAGCUGCCCUACAACUGGAGUAAAAAUGGACUAAAGAAGAGAAAGCUGACCAACCCUGUCCAGUUGGACGAUUUUGAUGGAUACAUCAAGGAUAUGGCCAAGGAUUCUGAUUAUAAAUUUUCUCUGCAGUUUGAGGAGCUAAAGCUGAUUGGGCUUGACAUUCCCCACUUUGCUGCUGAUCUCCCCAUGAAUCGCUGCAAAAAUCGCUACACAAACAUCCUGCCAUACGAUUUUAGUCGUGUCCGGUUAGUUUCAAUGAAUGAAGAAGAGGGAUCUGACUACAUCAAUGCCAACUACAUCCCUGGUUAUAAUUCACCCCAGGAGUACAUUGCAACCCAAGGACCCCUGCCAGAAACUAGGAAUGAUUUUUGGAAGAUGGUUCUCCAGCAAAAAUCACAAAUUAUUGUUAUGCUCACUCAGUGCAAUGAGAAAAGGCGGGUGAAAUGUGACCAUUACUGGCCUUUCACAGAAGAUCCUGUUGCCUAUGGGGAUAUCACAGUGGAGAUGCUGAGCGAGGAGGAGCACACGGACUGGGUGUACCGCAGCUUCCGAAUCAGCUACGCUGAUGAGGUGCAGGAUGUGAUGCAUUUUAACUUCACUGCCUGGCCAGACCACGGCGUCCCCACCACCAACGCCGCCGAGAGCAUCCUCCAGUUUGUGCAGAUGGUCAGGCAGAAAUCAGCCAAGGCUAAAGGCCCCAUGGUCAUACACUGCAGCGCUGGCGUGGGACGGACGGGGACGUUCAUCGCCCUGGACCGGCUCCUGCAGCACAUCCGUGACCACGAGUUCGUGGAUAUUUUGGGCCUGGUGUCGGACAUGAGGUCCUACAGGAUGUCCAUGGUGCAGACAGAGGUAAGAUCCGUUCCCUUCAGCACUGUGGCAGUGUUGUUGUGCCCACUUCAUACCCCUUCAUGGCUGCUGUUCCCCCCGAACGCUCGACAGAACCGCUGUGAAUCAAUACAAUCAAGUUCUCAUUCCCAUUGUGGUUUGUCACGUUAUUAA